ACAAAAAAAGCUACGGCUUUGCAGCUCAAUUGGAGGCCUAUAAAUAAUGUGAAACUCGCGAGUUCACAGUUGAGUUCCCACCGAAGAUCGAUCGACCGGACGUCGCGUAAUACUAUGGACGACGGCCGGCGCUAUUCCGCUCUGACCAAGCUAGGCUUCGGCGCCCUGGCCUUCAACUCGGUGGUCGCCCUCUACAACUCGUGGGGCGGCGCGGGCUCCGCCGCCUUCGUGCUCGCCGCCGACGCCGCCCUCGUCCUCCUAUUCCUCUGCCUCCGCGAGUUCGAGCGCACCCGCGGCGGCGCGGCCAGGGACAGGAAUAUCAUCAAGGCCGCGGUGUGGGCGCUCGCGACGCUGCUCACCGCGAUGUUCGCGUCGAGGGUGGCGCCGCUGAUGCCGCCCGUCAUCGGCACGGCCGUCUGGAUCGUGGCCGUCGCCACGGUCGCCGGGGGGUUUUGGGCGUUCUUCCUUAAUUAAUUAUCAAUUCUAGAGAGUCCAUGUCAGAGAGUCCGUCUCUUGCUGUCGUCGGGUGCAUUGAUUUCCUUUUCCUUUAUACACCGGCGCCUGUAUGUCCCUGUUAACUUGGAAUAAAAAGUUGGCAAUCGAGUUUU